CAUCUUCAGCGGAAAAGUACUGGUACCCCAAGAUGGUGGAAUUCGUCAAGAAGGCAAUGGAGGCAGACUUGAGUCAAAACGCUAUAACUUUAUCCAUACUUCCAGGUGAUCCAGCCAACUCUACGAUAAUUGUCAUUCGAAAGUGCUAUCGGCAUUUUGAAAAGUUUAUCAUGGAGGACAACAAAUACCGGCGCUAUCUUAUUACAGGAAAUCCAGGCAUUGGAAAAACGCUCUUCGGACUCUAUAUGUUUGUGCUGUUGCUGCAAAAAGGACAUUCGGUUAUAUUUGACAGCCUUGAAUAUACUAUUUUUGUGAAAAACAAAUGCGAAGAAUUUACAUUUGAGUUGAUUAAAUCGAAUAUUGACUUUCUUGCACGGAUGGAGCAACCAGGGGUAUGGUGCAUUAUUGAUGGUAAACAGCCUCGUGUCAGUCAUGACAAAAAUGUCGGAAAAACUAUCAUGGUAUCUUCUCCACGAAUUGAGUACAUUAAAAACUUCCAGAAGUCUGUUUAUUGCAUCAAGUUCUAUAUGCCAGUGUGGACUUUUGCUGAACUUGAAAUGUGUCGCGAAUCUGCUUUUUCUGAUCUCAGCAAAGAUGUAUUACAAGAAAUUUUCGAUAUUUGUGGUGGUAUACCAAGAACAGUUUUUUAUCAAUCCAGCAACUUUGUGAAAAGUAAGAUCACUGAAGUUAUCAACAAAACUGAUCACAAGAUUCUGAACUUCAUGGGAGAUUUAGUAAGUGGGAAUGAAUUUAGUCAUCAGAUUGUUCAAAUAUACACCAACAGCAAAGAAGAAGAAGGGGGAGGCCUCAUGUAUGAAGAAGAUGACAGUAAAGUAGGAGAAAAUAGCAUUGAUUUAUAUUAUUCAAAAGCAUUUCUUCGAUUUGCAUCAGAGUAUGUUGCUGAUAACAUGAUUGCAAAACUUGAAGAGUCUCAUAAAAAUGAACUUUAUCUUUUUGUUAAAGCUGCAGACAGUUAUAGUCCACUUGCAACUUUGCGCAGUCAUGUGUUUGAAGCCUCAAAUCAAGAGUCUGUUGAUGCUAUUCUUGCUCCAUAUGUACUGUUCCAAGAUACUGUUGGCAAAUCUCAUAGCAUCAAUCAGCAUGGAUUACAAAUGCUAAAGCAAAAACUUGCAGCAGAUGGUAAGAUUCAAUUGUAUUUUGUUGUUCCUAAAGAUCGAUUUUUAACAUUCAAAGCACAAUGCUUCACUGUCAAGAAGACUGUGAAAGGUAGUUCAAAAGCAGUUAAGCAUGUAAAGAAGUGGAUUGAAAAUAGAGUUGAGCAGUAUGUUUUAGAGAUGGAUAUUGAUAUUGUGAUUGGUGGAAACAGAUAA